AGAAUGGCGUAUGGGUACACCCUUCUACCUAAAGCCAUAUACCGGACUGAACUGAACUGAGCUUAUGCAUUAAGGAGGUUACGUGGUAAAACACUGAAAAAAUUUGUGGCAUAGUAACGUGACUAAAUAUUUGCCAAAAUGACGAUCGGAAAAAACAAUAAGAUGCUGCAGCAUAUAAAUUAUAGAGUCAGAAUCAUCCUUCAAGACUCUAGAACAUUUAUAGGCACCUUUAAAGCUUUUGAUAAACAUAUGAAUUUAAUUCUCGGCGACUGUGAGGAAUUCCGUAAAAUCAAACCGAAAAAUACCAAACAACCAGAAAGGGAAGAGAAACGUGUAUUAGGAUUUGUUCUCCUACGUGGUGAGAAUAUAGUUUCGUUAACGGUAGAGGGUCCACCACCACCUGAAGAAGGAUUGCCUAGAGUGCCAAUCCCUGGAGCUGCACCAGGGCCUGGUAUGGCUCGUGCUGCAGGCAGAGGUAUGCCAGCAAGUGUUGCAGGUGUUCCUGCUGGUCUUCAAGGACCUGUCAGAGGCGUUGGGGGACCAUCCCAACAAAUUAUGACUCCAGGUAGUAGAGGCCAAGUAUCUGCACCACCACAGAUUCAUCCAGGUGGUCCUCCACGUAUGCCAGUGGGUGGACCACCGCCAGGAAUGAUGGGACCACCAGCAGGAAUGAUGGGUAUGCCACCUGGAAUGCCACCUCUAGCACGUGGUGGUCCACAGAUGCCACCUGGAAUGAGAGGCCCACCUCCAGGUUUGAUGCGUGGUGGUCCUCCUCCUCGUCCAUAUUAAUGGAUGUUACUUUUCAAUAUCUAAACACAUUUUAUAAUAUAAACUCAUUCAAGAGAACAAUAUAUAAAAGAAAUUCUUUGUAUUAAAAUUCAAUAUCAUCAGUCUGUGCAUAAGUCUUCUCAAUGAUGCUAAUAAAUAUCAAUUAAUAAUUGGGAAUGUGUGAAAAAUCAA